AUCACAGCAAGUCAUCUUUGGCUGGACAUCAGAUAAACACUGUUGGUACUUAGCUUUAGCUGCUGUUAGCUUCAAAUUAAACAGUCGCAGUUUGUGUCGCACUUUAAACAGAAACUAAUUAUCUUCACUGCUAAACUAUCUUGCUAACAUAGCUAAGCGUCGUUCAGCUAACCUAUAAUACAUGAAUGUGUUCGUUAUUAUGAUAUUAUUGUUACAUAACAUGGCGGUAAGCUGUUGAUGUAGAAACACAGUCUGUUGUUUGUAACUUGUCACGCCUGGUUCAGUCGUUUUACUUUCAUUAGUCGUGUUUUUACAAUGGGAGUUAGAAGGAUUUACAUUAGCUUAGCUUAUGCUACAUUCGGGACCUUGGUUGGACUCUCGGCUUUCCUGGUCUGGAACAUCGCCUACAAACAGCCGUGGACCGCAGCCAUGGGAGGCCUGUCAGGUGUCUUGGCGUUCUGGUGUCUGGUCACACACGUCAUGUACCUGCAGGAUUUCUGGCGCACUUGGCUCAAAGGUCUGAAGUUCUUCAUCGCUGUCGGCGUGAUUUUCUCGAUGUUGGCGGUCGCCGGCUUCAUCACCUUCCUCACGCUCGCCAUCACUCAGAAACAAACCCCCACGGACCCCCGCAGCCUCUACCUGUCCAGCGUCUGGAGCUUCCUCACCUUCAAGUGGUCCUUCCUCCUCGCCCUGUACUCCUACAGAUACCGGCAGGAGUUCGCUGACAUCAGCAUCCUCAGCGACUUCUAGUGCAGAGGACUUCUUUUUACAGACUGCCAUGGACUCGGAGAGGGUUUCAAAAGAGCUUUGGAACAAAGCAGAGGAUUGAAGUCGCACACACUUGCUUAACGAGCUGUGUGUGUGUGUUUUCCUGUUCUCCUACUUUAAUGACACACAUGUUAUAUUCCUGUAAGUAGAUUGGCCUCUGAAGACUGCUUCUGAGUUACGAAUGUGGACCGACUUGUUCUAAGAGACAGAUUUCAUCUCGGGAGUUUUGACUCUUCAAACUAUGGAGGUAGUCGUCUGAAUAUGAUGCGUGUGAACAGAUCCAUAACCUGUGUAACGCACUUUAAAGAAAUGCAAAAAGGAUGUAAACUCACCAAAAAGUGCAAAUGCAAAAUGAGCUUCAAAUAAUGCCACAAAAAAAAAAUCUGUAAAUACUCAAAUUAAUUUACAAAUGAACGAAAAGCAUUUGUAAAUAUAUUUUUUUAAAGUACAAUUUUAAGUUUGUAAAAGCUGAUCGACAAACACAGAUUUAAAAUCCACAAAUUCAAACUGCAUUCACGACUCAGGGUUUUGUCCAAGCCGUGCUACCAGAGCAGAUGUUCCCCGUAAAAUGUUGUGCCAGAAAACAAUAUUUCUGUUCGUCAACAACUGUAUAAUUCCUCUGAGUAUCAAACAGCCGGCAGAGACAGCUGUGUUUUUACAGACGUCACGUUGUUGUUUACGAUAAUUGAUAUAUCUUAUAAACAAGAUCAGCGCCGCAGUAUCACCUCAUAGAUGAGAGUAACACCUACGUCACGUCCGGGCGAAAAUUACGGCCCCGCCCACUUUUGGGGGAAAACAACGCUGUCGUUUGAACGGCGGUCAAUUCACAUUCUGAAGUUUUUGCCAAUCCGAUCAGAACUUUUUGAAAACUGUUGAUUUUCUGAUCUUCAAAGAGUCCGGUUACGAUGACCAGUCAGGCAAACAAUUACAUUCAAUCAUUGGAAAUCGAGAAUCGGGCUCGAUAUGUGGUUAAAUUAAAAUCAGUAGGCGAGGCUGUAAUUUCUCCAGCUGUUACUCUCAUGAGCGAGGCAGAAAAUAAUAGUUUUAACAUCAAACAUUAAAACUAAUCCAGAGUUCAGUGUUUCUGGACUUCCUCUAAGAAGAAAGGACAGUAACAGAAGAGCUCUGGCUUCAGGCUUCAUCGCCGUUCAAAUGACAGCGUUGUUUCCCCCAAAAGUGGGCGGGGCCUUAAAGUUACUCUCAGAAUCGAUAGCCUACUGCUAUAUUUAACCAUAUUUCGAGCCCGAUCGUCGAUUUCCAAUAGCUUAAUGUAAUUGUUUGCCUGUCUGGCCAUCGUAAUCGGGCUCUCUGAAGAUCCAGAAAUCCACGGUUUUCUUACAUUUCUGAUCGGAUUGGCAAAAACUUCAGAAUUUGUAUCGACCGCCGUUCAAAUGACAGCUUUGUUUUCCCCCAAAAGUGGGCGGGGCUGUAAUUUUUGCCCGGAAGUGAGGCAUUUGUUACUCUCAUGUAUACUGUAGUCUUCUAGAAAAACACCUGUACAACUUAUCAAAGAGUUGUUAAGGUAAGAAAUAUAUUCACAAAUGCUUUUCGUUAAAUUGUAAAUUAAUUAUACUAUUUACAGAAUUUCACACUGGAUGUUUUUGUGUAUUUAUUGAAACAUGUAUGUGAGUUUACAAAUCUUUUUUUUGCAAUUAUGGAAGUGUUUGGUUUACAUUUACACUCAGAUUAUUGAUCUGUUCACACAAUUCAUAUCAAGACAAAUCUACCUCCAUAUAAACAUUAAAUCCCCACUGUUACAGGUCUUUAAUCCAAUGAUUCAAAUGAAAGUAAAAACUCAAAGCUUAAAACCUGAAGCCUCUCUGCUGAUCGCUCUGUCGAAUGUUCCUAAAUUAGCUUUUUUAAAACACACUUAAAUCUCCACGCAGUCAGUUUCACCUUCAUCGAUGACGCAAUUUAAGAACCCAUUUUUUUAAAGCUUCGAUUACCGAUAUGAAUAGUUGCACUCGUAUUUAAACCUUUAUUUCGUCCUCCAAAACCUGUUAAAGAAAAUGCUUUCCUGUGGGAUUGGUGUAUUUCCUCAUGUGUCCACCAGGGGGCGACAUGCUUUUUUCUUUUGGUGUGAUUUGGGGGAAAUCAUGACAUUCCUCAUACAAAUGAAUCUGAUAAAUGAUCGCACUUUAGUCCUGAUAUUGAUGCCAUUGUUUUGCACAAAAAAAAAACCCAUGGUCAUCCCUGUCUCUCCCUUUUAAGAUGUUUAAUUAUGUUAUCAUUUGUGUCGUGUGUCAAGCUACUCUGUGUGUUUUAGCUCCAGCUGUCAACCAUAAAACAUGUGUAAAUGUAUUUUCUGUUGAUGUCGGGAUGCUACGUGUAAAUAAAACCCAUUAAAGUUGCAAUUAUUGAUAAUUAA